AUGGAGGAGAAUGACCCGAAGCCCAGCGAAGCGGCGGCGGCGGAGGGGCAGCGGCAGCCGGAAUCCAGCCCCAGCGCCGGCUCGGGCGGCGGCGGCAGCCCGGGCGACGCGGACACUGGCCGCCGGCGGGCUCUGAUGCUGCCCGCGGUCUUGCAGGCGCCGGGCAACCACCAGCACCCGCACCGCAUCACCAACUUCUUCAUCGACAACAUCCUGCGGCCCGAGUUCGGCCGGAGGAAGGACACGGGCACGUGCUGUGCCGGCGCGGGAGGAGGACGAGGCGGUGGAGCCGGCGGGGAAGGCGGCGCGGGCGGCGCGGAAGGAGGCGGCGGCGCGGGCGGCGCGGAGCCCCUCCUGGGGUCUGGCCGAGAGGCCCGGCAGAACGCGCCCAGUGCGCCCGCACCGCUGCCCGGCGGCGGCGGCGGCGGCGGCGGCGACUCUCCGGGCGACGGGGAAGGCGGCUCCAAGGCGCUCUCGCUGCACGGCGGCGCCAAGAAAGGCGGCGACGCCGGGGCCCCCCUGGACGGGACGCUCAAGGCCCGCGCCUUGGGCAGCGGCGACCUGUCGGUGAGCUCGGACUCGGACAGCUCGCAGGCCAGCGCCAACCUGGGCGCGCAACCCAUGCUUUGGCCGGCCUGGGUCUACUGCACGCGCUACUCGGACCGGCCUUCUUCAGGUCCCAGGUCCCGCAAACCAAAGAAGAAGAACCCCAACAAAGAGGACAAGCGGCCCCGCACGGCCUUCACGGCGGAGCAGCUGCAGCGGCUCAAGGCCGAGUUCCAGACCAACAGGUACCUGACGGAGCAGCGGCGCCAGAGCCUGGCGCAGGAGCUCAGCCUCAACGAGUCACAGAUCAAGAUCUGGUUCCAGAACAAGCGGGCCAAGAUCAAGAAGGCCACGGGCAGCAAGAACACGCUGGCUGUGCACCUCAUGGCCCAGGGCCUGUACAACCACUCGACGAGCGCCAAGGAGGGCAAGUCGGACAGCGAGUAGGGCGGGCGGGCGCCGGGCCGGCCUCCGUUGGCGCUAAGCAAUGCAAUAAUUUAAAAUCAUAAAGGGCCAGUGUAUAAAGAUUAUACCAGCAUUAAUAGUGAAGAUAUCGUGUAUUAGCUAUGGUUCUGCAAUAUUCUAUGUAUAUAUAAUUUACAGGUGGUGUAAAAUCCAAAAUAUCUGACUAUAAAAUAUUUUUGAGUUUUCCAAUGUUUAUGAGAUUAUGCUAAUUUUAUGAUUUUUUGGUUUUUUUUUUUUUUUUGCGGAGGGGGCUGCUUAGGGUAUCAUCUUUUCUAAUCCCCUAGGCUCCGUUGUGGGACUUGGGACACUUUUAUUUUUUAAUUUCAAAAGAAGAAAAAAAUUAAAACAACUUGCUGAAGUCCAAAGAUUUUUAUUGCUGCAUUUCACGGGACUGUGAACCGAAUAAAUAGCUCCUACUUGGUCUCUGAGUUCUGCCCCUUUGUCUGUGUGGGCCUGGUGAGGACAGCAGGAGGGUCUGCACCCCAGCCCGGCAGCCGGAGGGACACUGGGGUCCUGGGAGGGGUGCCGCUGCUUCUUGGCGGUGGU